AGCAAAUCUGCAAGUAUCGGCAUGUAUUUCUAGUAUUGAGUGUAGAAGAAGGCUAGCACUCAAAAGCGCUGAGAGGAAUAAGAACAGGAUUUGCAUAAGACAAAGUAUCUAUACAUUAAUCAAAGAAGAUUGAAGCUAAGCAGAGUAGCGGAAGAUGAGGCUGGCGCAGUCGCUAGCAGCUGAAGAUGUGAAUCAUACCUAUGAAUUCGCAGUUGAAGCUCGAGCGCCCGAACCGCUGAAACUUCUUCCAUCACAGUUGUCCAGGCAUGCGCUAUCGAGUGAAUUCGCGCGUGUAUGUCGCCAGCCUAUCGAUGGUAUGUACGUAAUUCCCAGCGCCUGUGAUCAGUUCACAUGGUUUGGUCUACUCUUCAUUCGGCGGGGCAUUUAUGGAGGCGGUAUUUUCCGUUUCAAUGUGCGGAUACCAAAAGAUUUUCCCAAUACCAUAGCUCUUCCGGUGGUGAAAUUCGAUUUAUUCAUCUUUCAUCCAAAUAUCGACCCGACGAGUCGUCGACCGGAUCUCACCCGAUACUUCCCUGAUGGCUGGAAGAAAGACAAGCAUCACAUUCAAAAUGUUUUGCUUGUCGUUCAGAGACUAUUUUUCUCCUUUGAUUUUGAUCCAGAAACAAGUGCAAAUCCUGCAGCGGCGACAUUGUGGAGAGAGGACAAGGAGAAAUUCAGGUCCGUGGCCAAGAACUGCGUGAACCAGAGUCGAAUGGAGGUAUAUGAUGAGCCAGAAGACGCAAAUGACCCAAAUGUCUUGCGGCUAACUCCCUGGGAUCCCUCACUUCACGAACAAGUUCGUGAUCGUAUGAUGCUGCUAGGAGGUACGUCUGGAAAUGGGGUGCAAUGGGAAAAAGCAGGAAAGAAUAGCGGCACUCAAGGAGUUGGUGCAGGACUGUCUUGGUUGGACACUGACGCAAUGACUUACAUGACCGAGUCGGCGAAAGAAUUGGAGUACCCAGAAAUCGAUCAUAGUGGAAGUGCAGAGCGGGAUCGUGUCAUACAUGGAAUAGAGCGGCUGGACUUGAGCGGCGUGCAGCCUGAAAAUGAUACUGGAGAAAGCGAGCGCAGCGAGCUGUCGUUGGAUCCAGUGUCCCUGCCCUCGACAGCUUCGUUCUCAUCACCAGGACAUCGCAAACUUGAAAGAACGAACGGUCAUAUGGAAUCCGCAAAUACACAGUCUUCGUCUGGUGAAGCUGAAGAAGUCACUGAUUGCUAG